GUCUCGGCUCGUCCACAGUUGUAGCGUUUUCAGCGUUCCUCAAUGGCCGAUACCCUCCUGCUGACCUGACCGGGGACAUCACGGUGUCCUACCGCUCACCCACAGGAGUUCCCAGGGUUCUCCAGUCCAGGUUCAGUCUUCCUCUGGCGUUGGUGUGUGUACCUUCCUCCCCAGCCAAAACCACCAAGUUUAAGAUCACCGUGGACACCAACCAGCCACCGGUUGACCUCAGCUCCAUCUUCCGAGAGUUUUCAGCAAAAUCAGAAGAUAAGGAUGGGAACAGUUUGGCUUUCCAGUUUCUGUCGGGAGCCAAGGUUACUGUGUUGGCCUCCAAGACCUCCCAGCGUUACCGUAUUCAGAGCGACAGUUUCGAGGACAUGUGGUUGGUGGUGAAGGAGCUGGUUCAGAGGUUCGACCAACACUUCGCCAAACUUGGAAUCAAGGACUUCAAGAAAAGCUUCAGUGGGCCGCUGCCGCUGCAGGAAUACUUUCUGUCUGUGGACCAUCACUUCCAGCUGCGUGUCAGUGCCCAGCAAUAUCAGGACCUGCUGUCGGAGCGAGCGGUCCAGUUCAGAGCGAUCCAACGCCGCCUGCUGACGAGAUUCAAAGACAAAACCCCGGCACCCCUGCAGAACCUGGACACACUCCUGGACGCCACUUACAGCCAGGUGAUGGCGCUGGCCGAGGCUGCGGAGGAGAACCGGGCGCUGCUGGAGGAGGCGUUUGUCCGUCUGCGGAGCGCCACUCACCUGCUGGUGCUGCUGCUGUCGCUGUGGCAGGGCCUGACCCCCGAUCAGACCGCCAUCCUGGAGGCCACGCUGCUGCCGCUGCUGCAGGACACGCCACAGCUGGGCUGGGAGGAGAGCUGCGACGCCGCCGUCUCCCACCUCCUGCGGAGUUGCUUGUCGCGGAGCCCCAAGGACCAGGCCACAUCCCUGGCCCAGACCGGAGGCCCGGUGCUGGGUCUCCCCCGUGACACCGCCCGCCUCAAGAAACACAUCACCCUGCUUUGUGAUCGCAUCGGCAAGGGAGGCCGCCUCACCCUGGCCUCCGAGGCUAAUGUCCAGGUCCCUGCUCAGGUCCAGAAUCUCGCUGCUCCUGGGGGUGUUGAGCCUAUAGCAGAGGUGACUGGAGAUGGGGAGGACAUGGAACUUCAACAGGAGGCGACCAAAUACAUCAAGAAGAAACAGCCGUCGAAGAAAGUCAAGAAAGAAAAAGAGAAGACGGAGCUGUCCAGGGAGCCUUCAGCGGCGACUGUGAAAGAAGAAGCAGGAGGCGGCGAUGAGCCCGUCAAGGAGGUGAAAAGGGAGAAGAAGGAGUCGUCCAAAGAGAAGAAGGAGUCGAAGAAGGACUCGAGCAAAGAGCCCAAGGAGGAGGCAAAGAAGGAGUCCAAGAAGGAAUCCUCUUCCUCCAAGGAGAAGAAGGAGAAAAAGGAGAAGGACAAAGAGAAGGAGGCCGGCAAGGAGUCAGGGGACAAGAAAGUGUCGAGGAAGUCGUCUGUAAAAGUGAAAGAGAAGAAGAAGGAGCCGGAGGCGGCGGAGGGCUAAUAGGGUCAGCGUAAUACGGGAUAUGCAUUCAGACACGUAGAUAAACAAAACAAGAUACAUGUCCAAACAUCACAUACAUAUGCACAUCCAGGGCUCACACAUAUAAAUAUUUGUAUAUUUAUAUGCAGUGUAAACACAUACAAGGCUACGUAACUCGACACCACACAGAAAGACAUUCACAUAUGCAGUCUAAAUAUGUAUUUAUAUGUAAAUACACUCAGUCAGGGUCACAUAAUCUCAGUAGCAAAGCAAUUUCCUCCCAGACGCAUAUUUACAUCGCCUAGUAAUAGCAGAUCCUCACACACACACACACACACACACACUGCCUCUGCUGAACCACACCACAUCCAGCAGCGUUGGUGUGCGCUGAGCGACUGUGGUGAGCUCUGAGCCCGUGGAGAGUGAGGAUGAAGGCGAUCUCCUCCUCCGCCUCCUCCUCCUCCUCAGCCGUUUCGCUGACUCUCUCCUUCCUCCUCCUUGUCUUCUUCUUCGUCUUGCCUCAGCAGCAGUCGAACCCACAGCCCUGCACCUCCCUGAAUCCCCGGUCAGGCC